AUGUCUUUUCUAGGUGGCGCGGAAUGCUCUACCGCGGGUAACCCGCUCAGUCAGUUCACCAAACAUGUGCAGGACGACAAGUCCUUGCAGCGCGACCGUUUGGUCGGGAGGGGGCCUGGUGGAAUUCAGGAGGGCAUGAGAAGCCAAGUUAUGCGAGGUCAAGACAAUAUGAUGGACGAGUUUAUGCACCAACCAAAUCAGAUCCCACAAGGCCCAGCAUCGCCCUUCGCUAUGGAGCAGAUGCGGCGUGAACUAGAAAGGGCCUCUCACCGCACACCAUCUCCUGGGUGGGCCUCCGAAUUUGAUCCUGGGGUGGAAGGCCACGCAUCGCAGUCCACGUUCCAGCACUCGCAGCCGUCACAUUUCAAUACUUCCGAAUUUCAAAGAUUCCAGCAUGUACAACAGAACAGCACGGCAAGAACAGCGAGUCCAAUGAAUGGCCCAAGUAUGGGGUAUCAACAACCAAUGAGCAGCAUGAUGGGAAUGAAUAAUAUGGGAAUGGGCAUGGGCAUGGGUAUGGGUAUGGGUAUGGGUGUGGGGUACUCGCCCUACCUGCAACAACAACAGCAGCAGCAUGGUAUGAUGCAAUCCGAGAAUCAAGAGGGCAAGGGUAAAGGCAAGCUGGUAGAGCUCGAUGACAAAGAUUGGGAGGCUCAGUUCGCGCAGCUCGAGACGGAUCAGACGAACCUGGACGAUGCAGCGAAUGCUGCUAUAGAACGUGAACUGAAUGAUGUUGAUAGGCAACUCAUGGACGAAGAAGAUUUUGCGGAACACAUGGGUGAUUCUAGAGAGUGGGAGGGAUUUGAUUCCAAUCCUCUGAAUACCUUUGGUGCCUCCCGCGAACCAGAGCUCGAGCAAUACCUAUUUGAAGAGGAUAAUCUGUUCAAGACCCUGCAUAAUCCGUUCGAAGAGGGCGUGAAAAUCAUGGAGGAGGGCGGAAAUCUCUCUCUGGCCGCAUUAGCAUUCGAGGCAGCGGUACAAAAAGAUCCACAGCAUGUCGAAGCAUGGACCAAACUCGGCUCCGCACAAGCACAAAACGAGAAAGAGACUCCGGCAAUCCGAGCACUACGACAGGCGACCCAUCUGGAUCCCGGAAACCUGGAGGCUCUGAUGGGACUUGCCGUGUCUUACACAAACGAAGGUUACGACACUUCGGCUUAUCGUUCGCUCGAACGCUGGGUGGCAACCAAGUAUCCUAGUCUCAUCACUGAACCUCUGUCGAGCGGGGAAGACAUUGGAUUCACAGACCGACAGGUGCUACACGAAAAAGUCACAGACCUAUUUAUCAAGGCAGCUCAGCUAUCGCCUUCCGGUGAUCAAAUGGACCCCGAUGUACAGGUUGGACUUGGUGUUCUGUUCUACGGUGCCGAAGAGUUUAGCAAAGCUGUUGAUUGUUUUGGUGCUGCGCUCGCAUCUACAGAAUCAGGGACAACAAACCAAAGGUCACAGAUACACCUCUUGUGGAACCGCAUGGGUGCAACCCUAGCCAAUUCUGGACGCUCCGAGGAGGCCAUCGACGCCUACGAGCGUGCUCUUGCGCUGCGGCCUAACUUCGUUCGAGCACGGUACAAUCUCGGGGUCAGCUGUAUCAAUAUCGGUGUUUAUGAGCAAGCCGCGCAGCAUCUGCUGGGUGCCCUAGACAUGCACAGGGUUGUCGAGAGAGAAGGGCGAGACAAGGUGCGCGAAGUCGUAGGAGACAUUCCGGAGCCAGAAGUGGAAAGAAUGCUCGAACACAACCAGAGUACAAAUCUGUUCGACACGUUACGAAGAGUGUUCAUUCAAAUGAACAGGAGAGACCUCAGUGACAAGGUCGGGCCAGGUAUGAACCUGGAUGAGUUCAGAAGCGCGGUGGAUUUCUGA